GACGACGGAAUCAAAAAUCACCACUGAUUCUACCCAGUUUCCCCCUCGUCCGCCCUGUGUGGUCUCUUUGCCUUCGUACAUCAUACCUCUAGGUAUGUUCGGUAUGCUGCAGCCUACACGUCUCUCUCCCCUACGCCGUCUGGGCGUGAGAUACGUCAAUGAUCUCACCGUUCAACGAGGUCGACAUGGAAGCACUCCCAUGAUCCAACAUGGACCACCGGGUCGCUCUGCCGUCUCUGGGCACACUGUCACUGUCUUUGGGUGUACGGGAUUCCUUGGCAAAUAUGUCGUUCAGCAGAUCGCCAGGAAAGGUACACAGGUCGUCGUACCGUACCGAGAUGAAGACGAGAAGCGACCUCUGCGAGUGAUGGGAGAUUUAGGUCAAAUCGUUCCCCUAGAAUGGGAUGCUAAGAAUUUGGAUCAAAUCCGAGAGUGUGUCAGGCGCUCUGACACGGUCUACAACCUCGUCGGGAGAGAUUACGAGACAAGGAACUUUAGCUACCGCAACGUCAAUGCAACUGUCGCUGGAAACAUCGCUCGAAUCUGUCGUGAAGAAGGCGUUCCUCGACUCAUUCACGUUUCCCACCUCAAUGCUUCAGCAGACUCUCCCUCUGCAUUUUACAGGACGAAGCACAACGGCGAGGAAAUUGUCAGGAGAGAGUUUCCUGAAGCUACAAUUGUCCGCCCAGGACCCAUGUACGGACAUGAGGAUUGGUUCUUGAACGACAUGGCUCAAUGGCCAAUCAAAUACGCGCUCAACGGUUCACGAACGAGGACCAUGCCGGUCCACGUUGUUGACGUCGCGGAGGCUCUGUCUAAGAUGCUUGACGCUCCCAAGACAUCGAUCGGAUCGACAUUUGUCCUUCCCGGACCUGAAGUCUUUACCUACGACGAACUACUCAACCUGGUGUCCUUCUUCACCAUGCGACCGCGCAGAUCCCUACCUCCCAUCCCUGGCUUUGUCGCCAGCAUGUUUGCAUCCGUGGUCAAUCGUCUCCUGUGGUUCCCUACCGUGGCCCCUGAUGAGAUCACGCGUAAAUUCAUCGACGACGCUGGCGCAAAGCUAGACCAGGCCAUCGCUGCCUUGAAGGCCAAAAAUUAUCCUGAAGGAUGGAGCAAGGACUUUGACACUGCGACAUAUGACGUGAAUGGCAGGCUCGUCAAGUCCUGGGCGGAUCUUGAUAUCCAACCUGCGAGAUUGCAGGAUCACGCAGUCAAGUAUUUGAGAAUAUACCGAUCAUCUGAAAACGCCGAGACUCCAUUGGAAGUGGGCUCUUUCAAACCUCCAAGGCCAUACAAAGUGGUCCGAUAGCGGAGUGAUGAUAUGCAUGAGCGAAGAGAAUAAAGCGUGGAAAGGCUAUCGUCGUCAAC